AUGACGAACUUCGUGGCGGCUACGCCUGCAGUCUGGGCCUGGGUACUCUUGUGUGGAGUUGCCGCCCUGGUAGCCUUCCGCAACUCUAUGCCAAAGACACCCAACGUUCCUCUUGUAGGAUUCGAUGUCAAAGAUGCCAAGAAGCGGAAAGCUCAAUACAGCUUUGAUGCCCCAGGAAUCGUUCAGAAGGGAUACGAGCAGUUCAAGGAUCGUAUCUUUGGUGUCGACACUGCCGAUGGUGUUAAGCUUGUAUUCCCUCAUCAGUAUGUGGAGGAGAUUUCCAAAGAGCCUGGGUUGAGUUUCCACAACUCUCUCGACCAUGAUUUGCUUAUCGACUACACCUACAUGGGAGGGCUGAAAGAGUUCUCUCUAACUACCUUCAAGAAAGAAAUCAUUCCCCACCUGCGUGAGUGGCUUUGCAUGGAGAGUUAUGUCGCCAGCAUGUUCUAA